AUGUGGGAUCAGCUAGAAGUGGUCAUGACUUUCAAAAGACUUUACGGCUAUUAUGUCUUACAGGCUUUCGUACCAUCCUACCUCUCCGUUUUCACUUCAUGGAUAACCUUCUGGAUAGAUUCAAAGGCACUGCCAGCAAGAGCCUCUCUUGGACUCAGCUCGCUUAUGGCUCUAAUAUUUCAGUUUGGAAAUAUCGUUAAGAAUCUUCCAAGAGUUUCGUAUAUUAAGGCACUUGAUGUAUGGCUUUUCGGAUGUAUUGGGUUCAUAUUCCUCUCAUUAGUAGAAGUAAGAAUAAAAAUCAAAAAUUUUUUAACUUAA